ACACCAAACCCCUCCAGCAUUCCACCCUUACGCACGUGGCUCAACCAAACCCAUGUCUGCCUCAUCUCCGUUCCCUCCUCGUUGCUUGCCAUUCCCUUCCUUGUUCUCAUCUCCGUCUCUGUCAUCUCUCUCUCUCUCUCUCUCUCUCAACAGACAUGUCUACCUCAACAGACAUGGACGGACGAACCCAUCGCAGUCGCGCCGGCACCCGCCAUUUCGUGAUUUCGCUCCUCACUUCCCUCGUCUUCCUCUUCCUCGACUUCCUCGACGCCUCCCUGUGCGUGCUGUAUCGCUUCCUCGAUGCGUUCCUCGAAGGGAAGCCCUCUCCUUGUUACUGCGGCGAGAACAGAGGAGGGGCGAGAGGCGGUGCAAGCGGAGGGGACGGGGAGAGCGAGGUCUCCGAGACUCUGUACGGCAGGAGGAACGUUUUCAGGGAGAUGGGUAUGCUCCGAUUGGUCGAAAGGUGGGAGCCUGCGGGUUUGGCAGGAAAGGCGGUGGUGAUGAAUCAUCGUCGUAGGUGGUCUGAUUGUGGCUGCGACUCGUGCGUUUCUUGGGCGGGCGAUAGUGCCCUGAAGCUUCAUGUCGUUGUUCAGGAGCCUCUGGAAGCAAGCGCUCGGGUGAAGAAGGCCCCUGAAAAUGUGAUAUUUUUGCACGGGUUCCUCUCGUCUUCAUCGUUUUGGACAGAAACAGUGUUCGCUAACCUUUCCGGAUCGGCAAGGACUAACUACAGAUUCUUUGCCGUGGACCUUUUGGGGUUUGGGAGAAGCCCAAAGCCGAGGGACUGCGCGUAUACAUUGAAGGAUCACCUGGGCAUGAUUGAGAAAUCCGUGAUUAUUCCUUAUGAGCUAAAUUCUUUCCAUUUAGUUGCACACUCCAUGGGAUGCGUAAUCACGCUGGCCUUAGCUGCAAAAUAUACAAAGUCGGUGAAAUCAAUCACCCUAAUUGCACCGCCAUAUUUCCCCUCCUGGAAAAGCAAUGCGAGCUUAACAGCCCUCGAAAAGCUUGCUGAGAAGAGAUUGUGGCCUCCUUUGUUGUUUGGCUCAGCGGUCAUGUCAUGGUAUGAGCACUUGGGUCGAUGUGUCUGCUUCCUUCUUUGCCGCAACCACAGGACGUGGGAGAGAAUCCUGAAGCUUCUUACCUGGAGGAGUGAACUGCAUUUUGCAGCUAUAGACUUGACGAGGCACACCCAUCACUCAGCCUGGCAUACCAUGCAUAACGUGAUAUGUGGGGGAGCGAAAUUCGUGGAUGACUACUUGGAAGGUCUAAGGAAAUCUAGGGCAAGAAUCGUGAUUAUUCACGGUGAUCGUGAUGAGGUUGUCCCAUUGGAAUGCAGUAACAACAUCAAGAUGAAGAUUCCGCAUGCGGAGGUGGACAUAAUUCCGAAUGCUGACCACACGAGGGUGAUCCUCGGCAGAGAACAGGCUUUCACUCGGAAAUUGGAGCAUGUAUGGGCAAAAUUUGCAAGUCUUGGACAGGAAUUGGAUUGAGGAUUGGUGCUCGAAAGAUGGUAGCGAGUGAUAUUCUCUGGCCAUUCAUCUUAUUUUUCGCUAAAUCUUUAGCCAUUCAUUGUAAUUGCUUGCCUGAAGCAUUUUUCCCUCAUUGCACAACAAUUAAGUAGUGAGAAAGUAGAUUUUCUCGAUCCGGGAAUGUGUGUACAGCUGAUUAAAUGUGUCAGCAGUCAUAAAUCAUUGUUUCAUGGCUUUGCUACGCCCCAAAUAAAGAGCCAGCGUGAUGGCAUGAAUCGUAUGCAAAGCUCUUCGCGAAAUUGUUUCGUUUGGGAAAUCAAAAUAUAGCUUCUUUGAUUGUUCAUUUGUUAAAGACAA